UUUACUGUUUCUGUCGUUGUUUUUUUCUCUUUCCAGUGAGUCGCCGUUUAUUUUUCUCGUUUUCAGUGGGUGCGUGAUCCCAAGAGUCUCAGAAAAAGGGCAACUUGUUAAUCGAUUGCUGUAGAAAUCGCCGAUUCUCAAAUCUCUUCUUAGGCUUUCUAUUUGGUUUCUGAAUAAAGAUUGACGAAAAUAAGCUACUUAUCAGUGAUGGUUAAUGGGAAGGCCGCUUUUUUUGUGUGCAGAAUAGUAGAUAAUAUUGGACACUGGCCACGCUUUUGAAUUUUGGUUGAGGGAUUGAAGUGCAAUUACAGGAGGAGGAGGAUGGCUUGUAGGGGUUGCUGGGAGUGUCUUUUGAAGCUUUUGAACUUCAUAAUGACCCUUGUUGGUCUGGCCAUGGUGGGCUAUGGGAUCUAUCUGCUGGUUGAAUACAAUCAAGCUCCAGAUAAUACUCUCACUGUUUCUACUGUCAGUGAUGACCAAACUCUUGUUCAACUUGGCCGACCCAUGCUUAUGGCAGUGUCUCUGUCCAACAAUUUUUUUGAUGAUUUGCCCAAGGCUUGGUUUAUUUAUGUAUUUAUUGGAAUUGGGGUAAUUCUUUUCAUCAUUUCUUGUUUUGGUUGCAUUGGAGCUGUGACACGGAAUGGAUGCUGCCUGAGCUUUUAUUCAGUUUUGGUGUUGUUGUUGAUCUUAGUAGAGCUGGGAUGUGCAGCCUUUAUAUUUUUUGAUAAAAGCUGGAAAGAAGAAAUUCCCAAGGACAAAACUGGAGCUUUUGAUAUGAUAUACGGAUUUCUGAGAGAGAACUGGAAAAUUGUGCAAUGGGUUGCUCUUGGAAUUGUUAUCUUUGAGGCUCUUCUUUUUGUGUUAGCCCUUAUUGUUAGGGCUGCGAAUAAGCCACCAGAGUAUGAUAGUGAUGAAGAGUACAUUAAUCCAAGGCAGCAAACCCGUCAGCCUUUGCUCAACAGACCAGCAGGCCCAGCAUCAGGUGUACCAGUUGCUGGCACAGGUGAUCAGCGUCCAAGCAGAAAUGAUGCAUGGAGUACACGGAUGAGGGAGAAGUAUGGGCUGGAUACUUCAGAAUUUACCUACAACCCAUCCGAAUCACACAGGUUCCAGCAAGUAAACUCACAGCCUCCUGAAGAAAGGAGCCGCUGCACCAUCAUGUGAUCACUUUGGAUUGCUCCAAAACCACAACAGGUUGAAUUUCAAGGAUUAUUUUUGUGGGCAAUGAUGUAGAGGCCAGAAGUUUGUCAGAAAAAUCUUUUGCUUAGUUUGUGUACCAUUCAUACGUCACUGGACCUCCACUUUUUUCCAGACAUGGCAACAUCUGCUUCAUUUGGUUGUGUGUAACAUUCUGCUGAGUGAGACGUUAAAAAUUAUUGUGUCGUUAUGUUCAUAGUCUAAGAGAGUAAAUGAAGUCGUUUCGUUAUGUUAAUAUAUUCUUGGCUGGAAACCAGUGAUUUCUAUCUUCCUUAUUGUUCCAAAUGAUGAUUGGGUUCUGUGUGCGGCUAUUUGCGCACAAAUUAAAAUAUACAUUACUA